AUGACAGAUUCAAGAUGUCAUCGAUCAAGAUCUCAACAACAAAAACCGAGAACAUUAGCUGAAGCACUGGGUAUUAAUAUUUCAUUUGAUACUCAACCUAUAUUAAAACAACCAUCUCAAACUGAUUUGAGCAAUUUUAAAUUUCCCGAAGCAACAAAAGGUCAAGAUCUUCAGCAAAAUGAAUCUUCUGAUAAUUUUCAACAUAAACGUAAUGCAAAAGUAAUUCUUUUUCUCUUACAUAUAAAUUCAAUAUCAUAUUAA